CGUACUGUCCUUCAAAGCAGAAUUGUUCGCUUCUUACGGUACUUUUUCACUUCUGAUUUUGAUGUGAGUUAGAGUUUGACAGGUGCGACUCCAUCUGUUCAUUUCUCCUCGAGUACAUAUAAAAUGUACUCAUCGAGAGUCUUCAGUAACUGGAUCAACCGGAGUUACAUUGCAUUAGUUUAUGUUAAUGUUAUUUUGUGGAAGCAGAUAAACACUUUCCCUGCGGAUUGGAAUCUUGAAAUGCCUUUAAUGCAUCUGGAGGACAUGAAUGAACAUUAAUGCAGGACAAUAAUAAACAUUCAUGCAGCUCUUUUAGGUGCGGUUUCUCAUGAACCACAUCUACAUCAUUAUCUUAAUAACCCGGUGUGUUCGGCGUCAGGUGUGUCUGUAAUGGAAGGGGAACCCGUACUAGAUCUGUGUCACCUCACAGAGGUGGAGCAAACUGUAAUCCUCAAUGUUUUGCUGAGAGAUGCUGAACUCCGCAGCCGAGAGGAAGGGAGAGUACGGAAGCUUCAGCAGACAGUGUCAGACCCGGUGCAUUUGCGCUCACUCUCUGGUGCCUGGUUUCAUGAAGAACGUGCUAAGAGAUAUGAGAAAGGAGGAGCUGAUGUUGUUCAUGCAUCUUUACGCCGUAAAAGGCGAGGAAAAGAUAUUCCUCUGAUGGCAAUAUUUGAUAAAGGUAAUAACUCUUCUCAUGUACAUGAGCAGCAAGAGAAAGACAAGAAUGUGCAGAGAGAUUUGCGGGAUAAUAUAAUUGAAAGAGAGGAAGAAAUGCAGCAGGAACAGAAGGAAAGAGGGCAAGAGGAUGGGAAAGGUCUUAUUUCUAAUGCCAUCACAAUACCACAAUCCAGGACAAGACACGUCACAAAGAAGAAUGAAAUAUUAGGCAGUGGCCUUGAAGACAGUGUUGAAGAGUCAGAAAACAAAGAAAGGAGAAUUUUGCCAAUUACAUCACCAACUCUUCAGAUUGACUCAGAGGGAGACAUUGACUCAGGAAGCACUGAAAUAAACUAUACUAGGUUUGGCUCAGUUACCAGCUUGACUUCCCAUCAUAUGAUGAAUGGCAGUCUGAUGAGCCUGUACAGUGUGGGUGAUUUUGGGGAUGUUGUCGUAUCUGGCCAGAUCCAGUUCUCACUACAGUAUGAUGUCAAGACGGAGGAGCUUCAUGUACACAUAAUACGCUGCCAAGACCUUGCACCAGCGCGCAAGAAUCGAUCAGAUCCAUAUGUUAAAGUUUACCUGCUCCCCGACAACACUUCCCGCAGUAAGAAAAAGACUGCAGUGAGGAGGAAAACGUUAAAUCCAGUGUACGAUGAAACCAUGACGUACAAAGUACGGCGACUGGACCUCCCGGCUCGAGUGUUGAGUAUGUCAGUGUGGCACAUGGAGAGAAUGAGGAGAAACCUCUUCCUGGGAGAGCUGGAGGUCAGGCUGGGUCAGUGGGACUGGAGCCAGAGCCAGCCGAUCUGGCAAAACCUUCAGCCAAGAGUUCAGUUGAGUCCAGAAGCAAUCAUCAGCAGAGGAACCAUUCUGUUCUCAAUUAAGUUUGUACCUCCAGGUUCAGAGGGAAGUGGAAAUCCACCGACUGGUGAACUCCAUAUUUGGUUGAGAGAGAUUGUUGGUUUACUUCCCACAAAACGUGGCGCACCUAAUACAUAUGUAAAAAGUGUGGUUUUACCAGAUGAGAGCGGCGUCAGCGGUCAGCAGACUCGUGUGGUGCGCGGUUCUGUCAGCCCAGUGUUCAAUCACACCAUGGUUUAUGACGGCUUUCAGUCCAGUGACCUGAUUCAGGCUUGUGCAGAGAUAACAGUCUGGAAUCCACAUCCCUCCGGCUGUCUGGGUGGAGUUCGCCUCAGCACUGGCUCAGGCUUGAGUUACGGUCAGUCUGUUUGCUGGAUGGAUUCGACAGAAGAUGAGAUCAACGUGUGGUCAAGUGUGAUUCAGAGCCCCAACAGCUGGGUGGACACUAGUCUUCCCAUCAGAACAAACCUACAGCUCUGCUCUGACUGAACUCUGCUUAACCCACUGCAUGAAUAUUCAUCACAUGACUUUAGAUGUGUAAACUAUUGGGUUAAACCUGGUGUACACUACAUGACUUUUGCACUUUUUUUUAACAUCAUUUGCAAAAACGUAGACUUUUGUUUAUAGCUUUCAUGCAGUAGAUGGAUAGCAAAUAUGUUUGAGAUUUUGAGUUGAUUUUAGAGCAUUAUGUUGUAUAACAUGGUCAAACUCACUGCCAUUCACCUCUAAAUACUCUAAUCAGUACAGGAUGGGAAUGAGACUAUUCAGACGCCAUUUUCUAUUUUGCUUAAGAAGCGGAUUUGUUACAAAAUAGUUCACACUUAUUUCAUAUGUAUUAGUUUAUUUACAGUUUAUACUAUAUAUGUGGUUAGAUUAUAUAUUUUAAGUUCUUAAACUGAGGA